AUGAGAUCAGGCAGGAAGCGCCGGUACAGACCAUCACUCUCCCUGAGAAUGCUAUCGUCACCCUCACCCCCUUCCCUAAACCCUAACCCUAGAUUUCACCCCAACUCUUCAAUCUCCGAUUCAAGCCCCAAUCUUCGCCGCCUUCAACUCUUCUUCAAUCCAAUUCCAAACCCAGUUGGGAUUUCUCACUGGAACCCUCGAAGUAUGACACUUUCUAGAUGCUUAUCCGGGUCAACCAACCCGGUACCCAUUUCGAGCUUACCCGAAUCCGAUUCGGUUUCAUGGAUUAUGAUCCUAUUAGUCUCCUUCUACAAGUUCGCUGAUUUUGCUGACUGUGCUCGUUUAAGGCAACCAUUGAAGCAGCUCUGCGAGGAUUUGCGCGUUUCAGGUGGUAUCAUACUUGCGCCGGAAGGGAAUGGCAUCAUAUGCGGGAGCAGGGAGUCGGUGGAGAAAGUUAUUGAGUUCAUUCAAAGUGAUGACCGGUUAAGGGGGCUAAGAAGAUUGGAUUCGCCUGUGAGUCCGGAGGAUGAAGCUAUUCAUCAUGGACACAGUAGUAGUUCUCCUCUGGCUGCAGGGGAAGAUGCGCCCUUUCGGUGGGAUCAUGUGAGGGUCAAGUUGAAGGAGAUUGUUACUCUUGGCAUGCCUGCUGUAUCACCUACCAAAAAGGUCGGGAAGUAUGUGAGUCCAAGGGAAAGGAAUGUACUAUUAGUUGUAAUUGAUGUGCGCAAUGACUAUGAAACUAGAAUUGGAAAGUUUAAAGGAGCAGUUGAUCCGUGUACAAAAGUGUUCUGGGAGUUCCCUUCUUGGGUGGAGGGCCAGUUCCAAUCUUCUGAACCUGAGAAUGGGCAUACGGAACCAAAUGCCAACAUUUCAGAUGGAAGCACCAAAAAUCAACCAGAGAUUUCAGAACCAAAAACUCCACCUCGUGUUGCAAUGUACUGUACUGGGGGCAUUAGAUGUGAGAAAGCUUAGGUUUAUCAUCUAGAAGGUGGGAUUUUAAAAUAUCUUGAGGAAGUUCCACAGAAAGAGAGGUGGGGGGAGGGAGAGUGUUUUGUCUUUGAAAGAGUCUCCGUCGAGCAUGGUUUAGUACAAGGAAGCCACAAGUUAUGCUAUGGGUGUAAGCAGCCAGUCAGUGAUGCUGAUAUGGAGACCCCUCAUUGGGAAUACGGGGUUUCCUGUCCCUAUUGCUACUCGUCAAAGUCUAUCGAAGAGAAGGAAAGGGCAAGAGCUCGACAGAGGCAAUUUGAGACAUGGGGAAUCACCGGUGGUCCAGACAAGGGCCGUGAACCAGAUGCUAGCAAGUAGAACCAAACUACUCAAUUAUUUGAAAGUGGAAUGUUGUGCCAAGACUUGAGUUAUCAAUAUCAUCAACUGGGGACGUUUGCAUUUGUUUUUUACCAGGAUUUCUUGAGACAGAGGCAAUUUGAGACAUGGGGAAUCAUGCGGUCCAGACAAGGGCCGUGAACCAGAUGCUAGCAAGCAGAACCAAAUUACUCAAUUGUCCAAUUCAAUUUAAGAUGGGAUUUGAAAGUGGAAUCUUGUGCCAAGACUUGAGUUAUCAAUAUCAUCAACUGGGGACGUUUGCAUGUGUUUUUGACCAGGAUUUUUUUCCAGUAAAGCUUAAUGAUUUGUCAAGACUGCGAGAACUUCUAUUUUGGUUCCACUUAUAUGUCUGCAUUAAAUUCCAAACUAUGAUGAUCAAAUUGGUAUGUUUGUG